UUUUCCCGGUUUCGCGGCAUCUCACUUCACGUCUCGAAGGAAUCUUGUUUCUUGAACAAUUUUGCGUCCUAUUUUCACCAGUGAGGCCUUUUUCGGGCGCAAAAGAUGAUCUCCUGCCGUUUGUGCGAGUGUCCGGUAGUGGACGGAGGACUGGCGGCGUCCCAGGUUGACUUGGACAAAUUUGCCAAGUGGUGGUCAACCCAUUCAUCUGAAGAGCUCGACGGCGGCUUACUGAAAAACGACGUCUUUUGCUGCUUUUGCGUCUGGGAUGCGAGGUUUUUGCAUGAAAACUCUGAGAGAGAUGCUGACAAGGACAAAGGAUUACGAUGGUGGCCAGAAGGAAUGGUGAUUGGAUCCUGCCCUGCUUUGGAAAAGCACUAUCUGCGGAACGAUGAAUUAUUUGCCAAGCCGUGCUGGGUGAAGUUGACAAGGCUGAGUGAAGAGGAAAUUUCUGCAAAUGAAGCUGGACAAAGCUUGAAGGUUGGUGACCAGCUUUGCUGCUGGGUGUGCAAAAAGCAUUUCAAGUGUGAAGACAAGUUGGUGAAUCAUAUCCAAAGAUUCCAUAAGAAGAAGUGUGUGAGGUGCAACUUUUGCCCCACAUUCUUCAGGACCAACGCUGAGAAAUAUUUGCAUCAUAAAAAGGAACACGGGCAGAAAUCUGUCGAGGUCAAUUCGAUAAAAAUUCAGGGGCCUGAAAUGGCAUUGUCCAGUGGAAGUUGUGAAGAAAAAGUAGGUUCCUCAGACGGGCAUGGAAAAAUCGAAAAAAAUUCGACCGAAGAAAAAUUAGGUUGCAAAUUAUGCCCUAAUUUUUAUGAUGAAAGAAAAAUAUUGAUUCAACACAUGUCUCGUAGUCACAAAAAUGAAGAAUGGAGAAAAGAUUUUUUUAAAUCGGCCGGUAUUCAAUGCCAAAAGUGUAAUUUUGUGGCUGGUAACAAGGGGGCUCUGCAGCUUCAUUACACUAGGACCCAUUCUGACUUUUCGUAUGUUAAACGCACCCUUCUGUGCGAAUUGUGCCCAAAAAUGUUCUCAAAACGUGAAUCAUUGAUGGAACAUCUUUUCAAAAAACACGGAGCAAUCAAAGCAAGAUACAAGUGCACAAUAUGUGAUUACGCGUGUUUUCACAGAAACGUGCUUUUGCAUCAUAAAUGUAUGAAUAUCUCUGAAAGUUGCAUUAAGUGCUUGAAAUGCAAGUCGCAUGUGAGCAAUGGGAGAAAGCACAAGUGUUAUAGCAAAUAACAAGGUUGACAAGCACGCUAAUUUGUGGCUGAUCGCUUGCGCUCCCAAUUUUUCCAAACUCAAGCGCUCACGCUCGCGCUUUUUGGCACAUUUGGAUUUUUUUGGAAAAUUAAAUGCAGUGCUGAAAUCGUCAAAGGUUCUACAUUUAUCCUAAUUAAGAUCCACCCUAUUUCUUAAUUACUUUUAAUUGUAAUUUGGAUUUAUCAUCAGCAAGUUUUCUUUUGUUUGCCAUGGUGAAACAAUUUAAUGUCAAGUUAAGUGUAAAUGUUUUUUUUUUAUCUGUGUUAAUUAAAAAGUUUGAAAAUCCUACCCUUCAAGUUUAAUAGCAAGUUUCGGUUGAUUUUUUCCUCUCUCGCACAAUUUUACAUUAAUUUUCCCGUAUUUGAUACCAUCAACUUCAGGAAAAUGGCCCCCCAAGUUUCUAAAACUUUUGGGUUUCUUUGCGUUAUUUGACACUUUAUAAUUUCAAAUAAAGGUUUUGCAUUUUACAGUGGCAAAAUUUUCCCUUAUAUUUAUUGUAACAAUGUGGACAAAUAAACAACAAUAAUAAUAAUUAAUACAAUGUAUAUAUUUUUCAAUAAAUUUUAAAUAAUAAAAAACAUUGUAAAUAAGUAAUUUACG